AUGCUCCUGCACCGAGCCCGCGAAGCCGGAAAUGCCGUGAGAAAACCGUCACACCGGAAUGUACCUUCCAAAGUUACGUUAAAACCACGCUUGCUGGAGUUAAAAUGCCAUUUUACUUGGCAGCUGCUGGAAAAAGAUAGAAACUCUGAUGAGUUGAAAGAGAGACUGGACUACUAGCUUAUAUACCUGAACACCAAAAACAAAUAUAUGGUGUACAAUUUUCUUGCCUACAUAAUGAGCCUGAAAGGUGAUUACACAGAAGCCAUCAAUAACUUGAAGAAAGCAGAGAAGAGCAUUGAAGGCAGUAACUCUGAUGGAACAGGCAAAAAGCUCCUGGUGACAUUUGGAAACUAUGCCUGGAUAUACUAUCACAUGAAAGAGUAUGAAAAUGCUCAGAAGUACAUAGAAAAGGUAAACCACAUUUAUGAUGAGCUCAAGAAAUUGCCAAAUGGCACUGACAAAAUUGCAGAGAUUUAUGGUGAACAAGGAUGGGCACUGUUAAAAUUUUGUGCAAAAUAUUACGAGAAAGCCAAAGAAUGCUUUGAAAAAGCUCUAGAACUAGAUCCAGAAGAUCCCGAGUGGUGCUCUGGCCAUGCCACAGCGGUUUACCGUUUGGAGGUAUUGGGCGUUAAGAAAUCUGAAGCUUCUGGAAGCAAAACACUACAGCUCUUGCAACAUGCUGUAGAGAUAAAUCCAAAAGAUGCUGUCUUGAAAACACUUCUUGCACUGCAGCUGCAGGAGCUAAAAAGAGAUGAGGAAGGAAGAGCAUACAUAGAACAAGCUCGGCAACAAGCUCCAGACCUUCCAUAUGUACUUCGUUAUGUGGCCAAGUUUUACAGAAAAGCUGGGCUGAUAGAUGAAGCUUUGAGCGUCCUACAAGUAGCUCUUGACCUUAUGCCAACAUCAGGCUUUCAUCAUCACCAAAUAGGAGUGUGUUACAAGCAGAAAAUGAACAAUUUAACAAUUUCUCACUUUGAAACGGUGCUGCAAUGUGAGAAGACAUUUGCCUAUGCAUACACAGACUUGGCAAAUAUGUAUUGUGAAGUAAAGGACUAUCAGAAAGCAGAUGAUACAUUUAAACAAGCUUUGCAAUUCCCCAAUCUCACAGAUGAAGAAAAGCAACAGAUCAAUCUAAAUUAUGCCCAGUUUCAAGAAUACCACAUGAAAUGUAAAUCAAAAGCAAUAAAGAAUGCAUCUGGUUUUGAAUUGCUUGGCUUUGUCUAUAAGAAUCAAGACAAUGUAAAAGAUGCCAUUAAAUGUUAUGAAGAAUCCUUAAAACGUGAUCCAGGAAAUCCUGAAUAUCUGAGUGAGCUGUGUGACUUGAAGCUGAAGAUAUAA